AUGCCCCUGGGUGAGAGGGGUGCGCUCUGCAAGCUUAAGGAGGAGCCAAGAGAGGUCCCGCUGCCAUGGGAUGCACCGCUGCCAGAGCCUGAGGACAAGGAGGUGGAGUUGAAGAAGGAGGAGGUGGAGGAGGUGGAGGAGGAGGUGGAGUUGGAGGUGGAGUUGGAGGUGGAGGAGGAGGAGGAGGAGGAGGGAGACGGGCCCCGCCCCUCCUACUCCUCUGCUUUCUCCUCCUCCAACUCCACCUCCUCCUCUAACUCCACCUCCUCCUCCAUCUCCUCUUCCUCCGUGUCCUCCUCCUGCUCUGUCCUCAUUCUGGUCCCCCUGGAGGAGGGAUCUGCUGCUGCCCGGUCCCCGAGUCCUCCCCAGAGCCCUCGGAGCACCUGCCCCUCCCCCAGUGCCAUGGCAGGCGCUCCGGGGAGCCAGUCCCACCAGGGCUCCAGCAGCCCCGAUGAGGAGGGGUCGAGCACCUGGGGGGCCCCGGCGGGGGCCCAGGCCUCGCUCCCAGAUGCGCUCCGCGUGAAGGUGGCCGGCCUGGUGCUGCUGCUGCUCCUCAAGUAUCGCACCAAGCAGCCGACCACACGGGCGGAGAUGCUGGCGGCGGUCAGCCGAGAUGACCGGGACCGCUUCCCCGUGAUCUUCCGCCGAGCCUGCGAGUAUCUGCAGCUGGUCUUUGGAGUCGACGUGAAGGAAGUGGACCCCCGCGAGCACUCCUACGUCCUGGUCAGCAUCCUGGGCCUCAGCUGCGAUGGGACGCCGAGUGGUAGGGACGGCAUGCCCAAGACCAGCCUCCUGGUGCUGGUCCUGUGGGUGAUCCUCCUGGAGGACGACCGUGCCCCUGAGGAGGCGGUGUGGGAAGCGCUGGGGGUCAUGGGGGUGUAUGCCGGCAGGGAGCACGUAUUCUAUGGGGAGCCCAGGGAGCUGCUGACCGAAGUCUGGGUGCAGGAAGGGUACCUGGAGUACCGGCAGGUGCCCGGCAGCGAGCCCGCACGCUACGAGUUCCUGUGGGGUCCCAGGGCCCACGCAGAAACCAGCGGCGUGCAGGUGCUGCAGCACAUCCUCGCGGUCAACAGCAGGCAGCCGGGGUCUCCGUGUCUGUCCGAAGAGGCUGUGAGCCAUGAGGAAGAGCGGGCCUGAGCCCGAGGGGCAGCCGGGCCCGUUCCCGCCUGGGGUCGAGCAGCUUCUCCUGCGGGGCACGAAGCCAGGCCACUUCUCGCCUGCGAGUGCGAGCAGAGCGGGCGCUGGGCGUUAAGGUUUCGUGAGCUUCGGGCUCAGCGUGGGAGUGGCACCCACGCCGCAGGUGUUCGAGAGUCAGAGUUUUGCCGUUUGGUGCAACGAGCUGGGAACCCUUCCGUCCUCGUUCGGGAUCCAGAAGGGAAUCGCGGUGCCUGGGCUGGGCACAGACAGGGAUGUCUUGCAAACGUGAAGACCUUGGCAGUAAACGGAUGGUUUCAGGCCAUGGAGAAGUAAAAGAUGUUCGUUCUU